CAUUGCGCACGGCAGGAGGGUGAGCGCACGCAGCUGCCGCCGUCGAGGCAGCUGCUCGUGCGCUUGCCGGAGGCGGAUCACCGGUGUCACAAACAACCCCUCUCCCCUCCGCGCGCCUCCCGACGCGGGACCGACCGACCGACCAGCGGGACUGGGACGUCCCCGGGUAGUCCCAAACUUGCUGCCGCGUCGAAAGGACCGCUAGAUAACGGCCGGCACUGGUCCAGCGGGCUUGUGGGGCUUCACCCGCUCUCCGCGCAGAGGUGGGCCGACCAGCGAGCCAGCCGUGGCGAGCGGUCGAGUCGGCACCGACGCGUAGCGCCCGCGGGCACGGCUGGCCAGACGUCGAGCCUGUGGAGGUAGCGGUCGACGACGCUCGCGCGAGGGCGCUGGCGGCGUCAGCGCGUCAGCCGUGCCCGUAGCGUCGCGAGCGCGACGAGCAGCGCUGACGGUGGGGGGCUGGCGGCCGUCAUCAUGUUCGGCGUCGGGGAGCCUCCGCUCGUGUGCCAGGAGGCCGUGUUCACCCGGGACCGCGGGCCCAGGGCCUUCUUGCACCCGUUCAGCCCCUACGGCAGGGCCGUGCUCCGAGUCACCCAGCACAGCCAGCCCCCCGAGCGAGGGGGCCCCCCAGUGAAGCAGCCGCGGCCAGAAGAGGCAGGUAGUGCCGAAGGGGCAGAGCUGGGGGCCCUCGGUCGAGGGGGCACGCCCCCCAAGAAGGCGUCGGUGCGGCGGCUGGACGAGGACGCUCUCAAGCGCUCGCGGCUCCACAACAACCAACUGCAUGGAGUGCCUGCCGACUAUGCCAGAUGUGAGAACCAAACAAAAAACGUGGCGGAGGCCUUAGUGAAGCUAGCAGUGUAUUCAAUGUGGAUGGACAGGUAUGAGCUCUCCCAGGACCUACUGGACAAGCAGGUGGAGAUGCUGGAGCGCAAGUACGGCGGAGUGCGGGCGCGCACGGCGGCGCUAACCAUCCAGCGAGCCUUCCGCAGCCACUGCAUGCAGAAGCGCUUUCUCGACCUGGCCAACGCUUCCAAGGGCGAGCGGCGCCUGUCGCGGCGCAUCCACGCGCUGGACCUCCUGGCCCCGGACGGGAACACGCCCCUGCGGCACCAUGGGUGGGCCCGGGGCUCGCCCACCCCACCCUCGGAGGGCUCGCAGCGCAGGGUGCCGCCCCAGGUGCCGCGGCGGACCUCGUCCAUCCCGGGGGGCACCAAGGAGAGCAGCACCUGGAAGCGGCCGGCGGUAGCCCCCAGUCAGUCCCCAGCCCCCACGGCAGCUUCAACGGCGGCGGCGGCAGCAGCGGCAACAGCGGCGGCAGCGAGUCAGUCUCCCUUGGCUGCGGUGCCUGCCGGACUGAGGCUGGAGGACAAGCGCCUGAGCAACAUCUCCGAGAACAGCGAGGACAGCCUGGACUGCGCCGCCUACUCCUGCUCCCCUCCGGCCUCGGACGUGCUUCUGCUUUACCCGCACCAGGGGGUGGGGGGCUCCAAGGACUCCAUGGGCUCCUCCAAGGGCAGCGAGGCGCAGCGCAAGCGGCAGUACCGGGUGGGGCUGAACCUGUUCAACAAGCGUCCGGAGAAGGGGGUGCGCUACCUGGUGGACCGGGGCUUCCUGGACGCCUGUCCCCGGGCCGUGGCCCGCUUCCUGGUCUCCCGCAAGGGCCUGAGCAAGCUCAUGAUCGGCGACUACCUGGGCAACCUGCAGUGCCCCUUCAACAUGCAGGUUCUCGAGUGCUUCGUGCAGGAGCUCGACUUUGCCGGCAUGCAGGUCGACCUGGCCCUGAGGAAGUUCCAGAGCUACUUCAUCCUGCCCGGCGAGGCGCAGAAGAUAGAGCGGCUGGUGGAGGUGUUCAGCCACCAGUACGCCCAGUGCAACCCGGAUGUGGUGGCCAAGCUGCGCAGCGCGGACACCCUCUUUGUGCUGGCCUUCUCGGUGGUGCUGCUCAACACUGACCUGCACACGCCCAGCGUGAAGGCGGACAAGCGCAUGAAGCUGGACGACUACGUGCGCAACCUGCGGGGCGUGGACGAGGGCCACGACCUGGACCGGGACAUGCUGGCAGGCAUCUACGAGCGCAUCAAGGCCCACCCGUUCCGCCCAGGCUCGGACCACGUCAGCCAGGUGCUCAAGGUCCAGCAGUCCAUCGUCGGCAAGAAGCCCAACCUGGCCCUCGCCCACCGGCGCCUGGUUUGCUACUGCCGCCUGUACGAGGUGUACGACGUACACAAGAAGGAGCGGCCAGGCGUACACCAGCGGGAGGUGUUCCUCUUCAAUGACCUGCUGCUGGUGACCAAGAUCUUCAGCAAAAAGAAGAACAGCAUACAGUAUGCCUUCCGCCAGUCCUUGCCGCUCUGUGGAAUGAGCGUGGCACUCUUCGAGGCACCCCACUACCCGCACGGCAUCAGCCUGAGCCAGAGAGUGGAUGACCGGGCACUGAUGACGCUGAAUGCGCGCAACGAGCACGACCGCUGCAAGUUUGUGGACGACCUGCGGGAGGCCAUCUUAGAGAUGGACGAAAUGGAAAACCUGCGCAUUGAGGGGGAGCUGGAGAAGCAGCAGCCCCUGCGGAGCCCCUGGGACCAGAGGGACUCCGGCCUGGCAGACAUGGAGGGCACGGGGGAGGGGCCCCUGGCACAGUCCCCGUGCCUCAAGCGAUCCGCGCUCUCCAACUCGCUGCUGGACCUCCACGACCAGCAGACGGCGGCCCGCCCGGUGCGUCGGGGCAGCGCGGGUUCCCUGGACAGUGGCAUGUCGGUCUCGUUCCAGUCCUCGGCGGCCAGCUCGGUGAGCCGGGAGGCGUCCCCCCACACGGUGCAGCGGACGGCGGACCCCCCGGGAGACCCCUCCCAGCAGCGACAGGGCUUCCUCGGCGGACUGUUCGCCGUGGCCGGCAAGCGGACGCGGCCGCCCCCGCAAGGCAGGGCACCCGUCACCGUCGUGCCGCCCGCCGAGGCCCCGGGAUAGUGCCGGCCCCCCCCCCCUCCCACGCGGAUCCAACCAGAGUGUACAGAUGUGAUAGGCCCCCUUUUUUGCAAAUUGACUCAUGUACAGCGAGAGAUGUGCGUUUUAAUAUAUACACCGUUCCCCGCUCCUUCGUCCCGCGACGCUCUGACCUCCCGUGCCGAACUUCGGCGUGGGACGGGACGAAUGCGUGCGCAUCAAUAAAGGACCCCUUCUCCCCCUGCA